GCAUAUUAUGUGUUUUAUUCAUAAACCGUCGAAUAUAGUUCAAAUAGACAUUCAAAAUAUUGAAAGAUUUGCAAUAAGAAUAAAUUUCUCUAGUUCAUUUCAGGAUGACAACAGAAACAAACAUGACAGUUCAUUUGAGCUUGUGAUUCCCUGUUUUGUUGCAGACGAACAUUCUCAUUUCACGAGCAUCAUAGAAAGUGCCAUAGGUGGAAGUGCCCUACUAAGCGUCAUUUAUGUAUCGACAUGUUUUAUUUUGAAAAAGAAAGAAAUCAAACGUCUCAUCGAUAGUUUGAAGAUUUUUGAAGAUUAUCUUCCUGAAGAUGAGAUAGACAAAGCAGAAAAAUCCGCUAAAUUCUAUACCAAAACAUUCCUAUUUUAUGGAAUCAUCGGAAAUGGUCUAUAUGAAUCUUCUCCAUUCAUGUCCUUUAAAGAAUGCAGAGGAGAGAGAACCCAACAAAUGAUUAAAUUGGGAAUACCCUGUAAAGUAAUUGUGAGGUAUGUGCUUCCAUUCAAAUACGACACAACGCCUUUUUACGAGCUGGUUAUUCUAGAACAAGUUGCAGUAGCUAUUUUAGGAACUAUUCUUGUGAUGACUAUCUCGAUGUUAGUUUGUGGAAUAUUGACUCAUAUUGCUUCAAAUCUUAGUUAUCUUAAAAAGAUAAUUGAAGACAUAUCCAGAGUUGAAGAGCCUCAGCUGAAAGAUCACGUCAACUUAUGUAUCAAAUAUCACACUAUUAUUUUGGAGAUUUCAGAUAAGACCAAUAACGCAUUCGAGGGUAUGAUGCUGAUUCACAUAACUUGGACUAGUUUCAUAAUAAGUGUAUUAGGAUUUGGAAUAAUCAUGGAAUCGAAUUUUUGGAAUAACCUGAGGUUUGUCAUGCAUUUAGGAGGUUGGCUGAUGAUGCUAUUUUUAGUGUGCUUCUACGGGCAGAUUUUGAUGGAUAAAAGUACCGACAUUUCUGAAGCGAUAUACGGAACAAAGUGGUAUGAAAAAAAUCCAAAUAUACGAAGAGCGCUCACAUUACUUUUAUUACGUUCACAAAGACCUCUAGUAUUGAAAGCGGCAGGAUUAAGAAUAAUGUCUUUGUCUACUUUCUUAGGUGUUCUCUACUCUGCAUAUUCAUAUUUCACACUUCUUCUGAAGAUCAAGCCAUAGAAUUCCAUCACUGAGAAAAGAUUAUCAACACAAACAGGACUCGAAUGGGAUUGAGUGACACAUAAAUAGUUGGCUUUUUUAGAUAUCACUUUGAAAUAAAA